AUGUAUUUGGAUUUACAGCACCAAUUUUCAGACAAGGUCGCAGCUACUGGAUAUUUUGUUGUGGCUCCUGAUUUCUUCAAUGGCGACCCUUUUGAUUCUGAUAAUGUGAACAGGCCCUUACCCGUUUGGAUACAAGACCAUGAACCGGAAAAAGGUUUUGAAGCUGCAAAACCUGUUAUUGAAGCCUUAAAACGUAAAGGUUUUUCUGCUGUGGGAGUUGCUGGUUUUUGUUGGGGCGGUAAGACCGCUGCUGAGCUUGGGAAAUUCAAGUAUGUUCAAACUAAUGUGUUAAUACAUCCAGCAUAUGUGGAAGUGGAUGACAUUCGUGGUAUGAAGACUCCGAUUGCUAUUCUUGGAGGUGAGAAUGAUACAAUUUCUCCUCCAGAGCUUAUACUAGAAUUUAAGCAAGUCCUACAGAAUGCUAUACCUAAGGUUGAUUAUUACGUAAAAAUAUUUCCGAACGUCUCACAUGGUUGGAGUUUGAGGUACGAUCCUAAUGAUCCAAAAGCUGCGGAGGCUGCAGACAAAGCUCAUAAAAUCAUGAUAUAUUGGUUUGAUAAACAUCUGAAGGAAGCUAUAAAUCUUAUCCUGUGA